UCACAAUAAUCCACCGCACACGCUCCAUCCAGCCAUGGCCCCCCACGCUUCAUCUCCCAACCCUACGAGGAGGCCGCCGCCACGCUGAUGUGCUGAAAAAAAAGAAGGCAGAGAUCCCGCGCGCAGAUCACACGCCAUGGUGCCCUCGUCGUCCCGCCCCCGCCGCAAGGAGCCGUCGAGGCCUCUGGCGGCGCUGCCGUCCAAGAGCCCCGAGGCGCCGCCCGAGCAAAAGAAGAGGAAGACGCCGCCGCCGCAUCCGCCCGAGGCGGAGCCGCCCAAGCGGGUGUUCCAGCGCACGUGGCCUCCCGGCGACGAGAUCCGCAUCCUGGAGGCCAUCGCCGCGCACCGCCGCGCCCACGGCGGCGACCUCCCAACUGCCGCCGUGCUCCUCGCGGCGCUCGACGGCCGCCUCGGAAUGAAGGGCGUCGGCGCCUGCGAUGUAGGCAAGAAGCAGCGCAGCCUCAUGCGCAACUACCAUCGCGACGCCAAGAAGGCCGCACCACCGGCAGAUGAGCACGAGCGUCACCUUUACUUCCUCUCCAGGGACGUGUGGGCCGACGACUCCGCGCCCAAACCACCUGUCGCUCAGGCGAAAAGCGUCAUGGGAGGCUCCCCGUUGAAACCACGGACCACCGAAGCCACCAAGGACGGAAGCAAGGAUCCCACCCAAGCGAAGAGCGCCGGCGAGCCUACCAAGGACGAGUCCAAGCCCAGGACUUUGGAUGAGAUGCGUGAGCAGUACCCGUACCUCGUUGAUGAGGCUAUGGUCCUCGUGGAUCCACCGAUCCUCCAGCAACUCCUCCCCAGCAUUGAAGACAACCAGGCCCAGGCACUGAACAAGAAGAUCAAGAAGGCGAGGAAGCAGCUCAUCGAGGCCAUCACGGAAUCGGCAAGGAUGAAAAACAUGGAAACACCCACAAUAUCUCUAUAUCAAUCCACUAAGCUUCAACCGGAAAAGCCAAGGAUGGAGAAAAAGGAUGGUGAGGAUAUUUGUGCUCAAGGACGAUUGGAACGAGUGGAGCAUGAAGUAGCGGAACUGAAACAACUUUUCAUUGCUUCUCAAAAUAAUGCUAUAAGAUGUGAAAAUGCAGAAAGUGGUCUUCAGUCAGUUGUAGCUGAAAAUCAGAUUUCAUGCAAUAUGGUACAAAAGAAGAUAAAGGUACCAAAUGGCUUGCCCCACGGAAAGAAUAAGGAGGUUACAUCUAAAUAUAAAUAUGAUGGUGUCCUUCCCAGCAAUGUCCCGUGCAACAAUCCGAAACUGCAAAUAAAGCCACCAUUUAAUACGCUUCAUGGUAGGACAAGGAAGAUUGAUGCAGAAAGUCAGAAUCAACGCAAUGUGAAACUGCAAAUAAAGCCACCAUUUAAUACGCUUCAUGGUAGGACAAGGAAGAUUGAUGCAGAAAGUCCGAAUCAACGCAAUGUGGGUGGCAAAGAGGUUGUCUUGAUUUCAGUAGGACGACCACGUACUCCAGUAGGCAAAGCUAUUCUUGAACACAGUUCUCCAUCUACAAUAGUAGGGGGCAUUGCACUUGGAACACAGUUUCGUAAGGUAUUUCUAAGAGAGGUAUUGCAAUGGGAUGCUCCACUGUUUCACAAAUAUGGGGGGAUGAAGAAGAUGUCUGAUGCACUUUAUUGCUCCAUUCCAUGGCCAAGUGUCCUAGUUAAAGGUCAGUAACAAAGCACCUCGCCGCCUCAAAAUGGUGAUGCGUCGUUUUGCAGAUAACAUCGAUGUUGGGUAGUAAUAUAUGCUAUACUUUUUAUCUUCAAAUAGGUCAGGUGCUGGUUCUGUUCAUAUGGGUGAAAAUGUGUGGUGCUUUUUUUUCUUGAACGGCGCAUUCAGUGAUGAAAAGGUCCCACUGUCAUGACUGAAUAGGGCCCUACAUCCCGUAAGUGAAUAGGCUCCCACAGGUCAUAAGUGAAU